AUGGAUUUCUCGUCGCCUCCCAGCACCGGCGAUCCUUCCCGAGAGAGCAUCGCGCAAUGCCCGAACAACGACUUGCAGCUUCCUCACCUUGGCACUUGUCCCCAGCAGCAGAUUCCGGGCUUGGGACUUAUCCAGCACGAGCCGCAGAUCAUCCACUAUGACCAUGCUCAGCGCACCUUCCGACGCGAAGGCGAUCCUGAGACAGACUAUGUCUUCCACAACUCUACCGUCCACCGAGACGAGAAGUCCGACGUCGAGAUUACGCAGAUCAAAGCCCGCGAGCCCAACCCGAACGAAGCGUCUGCCUCCAACUGCGACGUUGCCGCGAAGGAUCCCCGCAAGCGGGUCCUGUUCGAUUUCAUGUCUAGAACCCCCAGCUCUGCCGCUUUCGACAAGUACGAGGAAAAGCUGCUGAAGCGUCCCUGCCAUGCCUUUGAGGACUCUACCGGUCACAUCGGAGAAGUUCAUCACACAGGGAGCCAGUUGGAAGCUGUCAAUGCCGGUGGCGCGUACCCCCGUCGACCUUUCCAGGGAACGGAUUUCAACCUUUCCGAACAAGCUGCGCAGUCUGAUGCAGCCCAGCCCGUCUCUAGACCCCACGUCCAGGCCACUCAAGCUCAGGUCACUCAGCUUACUGGAAUUGCUGAUCGAAUCGCCACCGUCAUCGAACUCCUGCGUCACUCUGACGACGAGCUGUCGGAUGCCUACGACCGCAUGAGUGAGGCCGACCUCGCCAUCGAGGAGCUUCGCACUGGCAUGCAACGAUCUUGGGAGAAGAUCCAGUCCCAGGCAUCCGACCCACGCGAUCGUGAGGCGUCGAACGCUUCCGGCACAACCACCCCAGCCAGCAGUGACAGCUUUGCCGAUAUUGAAGCCAAGCUGAAGGACAUUACCCGCCAGAAGCGCUUGAUCGAGAUGGAGAUUACUGGCCGCGAGUCCAAGAGACAAAGAAUUGAGGAAGCAUUUGCUGCCUUCGUCCCGGCCCAAGGCCUUCCUGGCCUGGAGAGAUUGGAGGAGACGGCCGAUGAAUACGUUCCAUCUCACUCGGGUUUGUAA